CACGAAAGCACAACAGCCGUAACAACAGGAGCCGAAACAUCUGCCCUUUACCAAACACCACCAGUAUGUCUGCUUCUGAACUUGCCACAAGUUACGCCGCUCUCAUCUUGGCUGACGAGGGAAUCGAGAUUACCUCCGACAAGCUCUUGACUUUGACCAAGGCUGCCAACGUUGAGGUUGAGCCCAUCUGGGCCUCCAUCUUCGCUAAGGCUCUUGAGGGCAAGGACUUGAAGGAGCUUUUGUUGAACAUUGGCUCUGGUGCUGGUGCUGCUGCCCCUGCCGCCGGUGCCCCCGCUGCUGCUGCCGGUGAGGCCGCCGCUGAGGAGGCUAAGGAAGAGGCCAAGGAAGAGGAAGAGUCUGAUGAAGACAUGGGCUUUGGUCUUUUCGACUAAAAAUCUUCAAUAAGAAUUUAUGUACCUCUUUAGCUGUUCCUCAAAUAGUUGGCAACGGAUGGGCAUUUCGAGUG